AGUAAUCUGUAGUCCUGUCUAUGAAAGGAAGGAAGAACAUGAGAUAUGAAUAGGGAGGGCAGUGAAAUGGCAGGGACAACUCAAAGGUGAAUGUGGAAAGACGCCACAGAUCUGUUCGUGGGAUAGGAGACGCAACACCAACACCCAUAACGGACAGAAACCACGGAAUCGUUAACCAGCUUGGAAGGCAUUGAGCACUCGGCCUGACAUAUUACCAACAGUAUAUUACGAAGAACUUGCCAAGUUAUAGGAGUUAUCAAUCAUGGGUGAGUUUACGAUUCAGAUUAGCAAUGACCUUGUCAAUCAGCUUGUUGAUGAUGGCGUGCCAAAGAAAAAAACUAGAAAGAGCAGACGAAAGGUGGCAAGAGACACUGAAAAGUCUCAAUCUAAUGAAACUAGAAAGCCGGAUAGUGCAGUUAUUCCAGGGUGGCCUGUGCAGCCCCCUUUGCAUCUACCUGGAACGUUUCCUGCUCAACCUCCAAAGUCAGAGUUAGAGAGCAUUAAGGGUAUGCUUCAAGAAAGUGAGAAGGUUUUGGAAAGAUUGCAGAAACAAGAGGAGACUAUGUUGCAGGAAGUAACCCAGAAGGCAAAGGAUCUUCAUGAUAAAGAGUAUAAGAUUCCAAACCCAAAGCCUGAGCCAUGCACGGCCGAGAGAUUUGCGACCUUAUCAUGUUACAAGGAACAUAUCAAGGAUCCUUUGAAGUGUGCUACUCUUGUUACCAGUUUUGCUGAUUGCCUACGUAGGUUCGGCCGUUUAGGUGACAAGUGAGUUAAACUGAAUAGUGCUUUAAAAGGAAAUUCGUCUGACAAAUGCAAAUAAACUAGUGAACUACAUACUGACUGAUAAAUACUCAUUGUGCUGCUGCCAAUUUUUUUUUCUCAUUCCCAACAUUAAACCAUGUUUUCCAGAUCCGAAUAAGUGAUGUAUUCCUCAUUUGGAAUCUGAACAUUUCGUUAUCUGUGUGCCCAUUCUAUCAAGGGAGUAUUUUCGUGUUGGUCA